AUGGAGAUGCUCGACAUGAUGUCGUACAAGCGGUUGCGCCCCGACCUCCUUCCGCCGCCGCCGCCGCCGCCCUUGCACGACCCUCGCGCCGCUCUGAUAUCGCCACCGCCGCUUCCGCCGGCGCCGCCGCAUCUGCAAGAAAAGCCCGACGCGCGCGCCGCGCAGCACGCAGCAGCACGCAAUCAUGGGCCAAUAGCAGCAGGAGGCGCUCCUGCCGUUUCGCAUUCCUCGACGUCUCAGAAUCACUUGCUGUGCCCGCUUCCCCCGCGAUUACCCUCCGCAUCCCGCGCGUUCCGCGGCCCCUCUCUCACCCCUCCCGCGCAAUCCCCCGCUCACUCCUCCGCUUACGCGCCCCCCCCGCAAUCCCCCGCUCAUUCCUCCGCGCAGGGCCCCUCGCACACUUUUGCGCAACCGCCCUCCCCCGCCAAUGAUUUUUCUAUUGGGGGAAUCGGAAACGCCCCUUUACUGUUCGCGCAAGGCCUCUGCGCUCCGCUCCCCCCAUCAUUCCCGCGCUCCCCUGCGACCGCCGGUGCGGCGGGUCUCGCGGGCCGCUCGCGCCAUCUGCAGCGCGCAAACACGGCGGGUUCGUCGAUUCGCGGAAGCGCCUCUCGCGGCGGCGGCGGUGGGUCUACGCCGGGCCACCUCAGCCCGUCCGCAUCUCCCAUUAUCAACGGAACUUCAGCCGCGAUUUCCGGGAUGCCUGCCGGGAAUUUUGGCGGUUUCAGCGCGUUCGACUCCCCCUCCAACAGCCCACUCGCGGCGGAUUCCGCCGUUUCCGCCGCUUCCGCGCCCCGCCGAUGCUCCACCGUCGGGGCGGAGAGGGAGAGACCGCAGAUGCUCGUGCGUGAUUGGUCCGCCGAUAGAAAUAGCAUCCGCGCUAACAUCAUGUUCCCCGCAGACUAUCCGCCAGAGCUGUUACAUCCGCCACACCCCCCUCCGCCAGAGAUCUUCGCGCAAGCACGAGGAGAGGAUUCCGCCGCCGACGCCGCGGCGAAUCGACUUACGCGCAACGCAUCUGCUCCUGCCGCCUCCGCGCCUGACCCCUCCGCUCCGCGCGGCUCCGCGUCUCCUCCGGGUUCCGUUUCCGCUUCCGGCGGCGUCUUUGGCGGCGCCGCCUCGUCCUUCUGCCGCACCGCGCCCUGCCGCAACGGCGCCCAGACCUCCGAAGUUUGCGGCAAUCAGAUGGAAACGGGUAGCAGGUUUGCGGGCUUGAAGCGGCCGUCAGAUCUGACGGCGACAGUUAUUUCUCCUUCACGAGGCCUCGGGAAACCCCCAGCAACGGGAGCCGCGCAGGCUUCUCUUCACGCAACUUCUGCUCCUAUCGAUACAAGAACAGUCGCCGAGGCUGGAGAUUGGAGCGGAAGUCAGGGAAUGGAGGGACGAGCAGGAGGAAAUAUACCGAACUGCUCGUUACAUGGGCAUAGCUAUUGCUCUAAUAAUGGUGGCGGAGGAAACGGGGCGGAUCGUGAUUGGAUGCGGUCGGAACAGGUUCGCGACGGGUUGGCGGGUGUCAGUAACGGAAAAGUAUUGGCUUUACGCGGUGGUGAUAAAAGCGCGGGCGAAGUGGAAGAAAUGCCCGCGUUAUUAGAACAAGCGGAUGUGGAUUUAGCGAGUCUGGUGAAUGGGUUGGAGGAGGGCCAUUCGAAAGGUGUUCUUGUAACGGACGGGACAAUGGUGGAUGUUCACCACUGCGAAGAUGUGACUAAAACGGGAGAUUUUUGCAGUCCCGUUACAGGAGGGGAGAAGAGAGCUGCGGAUGGGGCUUGUAACGAAAGGAUGGACGAUGCAGUAGAGCCGGACGAGCUGGAUACAUUUGAUCUGACGCAAAUGGAGGGUCUAGAUCUGCCGAUUGUCCUGUCGGAGGAGAAUCUGGACGAGAUUUCGGGAAUUUCGUCCGCAGAUUUUCUCCCAGAUCUUCCGGAAGAUUUGUUCGCAGAUCUCCCGUUAGACGCGCCCUUCGAUGUAGUCACACUGUGA